GUCAAAUUGCUCAAUAGAGUGUGAAGAAGAAAAAGGUGCUUCAUUGUUCGUAUCCGGAAAAAAUUAUUUAUUUUGUUUUAUAGGUAGAUAAAAAAAUCGACAAACCGAGAAGCAGAAGAAAAUUGAAAAUUACGCAAAAGGAAAAUGUCGUUUCGUCUGCUAACGAUUCGACUUCAUAAACAUGGUCGCUUGUUACUUCAGAAUUAUUUAAAGCGAGAUAUUCAUAAUAGCAUUUUGGAUAGCGGUGGCAGUCGGAGAAUUGCCGGUGAAUUUAAGGCUGGUGACACUCAAAAUCAAUAUGGGCUGCAUAGACUUCGGGAGACUCAGGAAAACCUUCGCACUAAAGGCCUUCUGCGACUUGGAAGUCAAGCGAGACGGCUGUUUGUUGAUAAUGUGCUGAACAGAGUAACAAACCCGUACUCAGCUGAACUUCGGGCGCAAGCAACAAAAAGAUUAAUGUUUGGCGAUUCGACACCAUUUCUUGCUUUGGUUGGUAUAAGUCUUGCUUCAGGCGAUAGUAUGUUAACGAAGGACGAUGAAAUCGAGGCAGUGUGCAGGGAAAUAAGAGGUACAGUUACUCGGUUACAGAACAAAAUUAUUGAACAGAAAACUGAGAAACGUGUUUAUAAUGAAUUAUGCUUAGAAAAUUUGAAGAUAGGACCACCUUUAGCAAAAGGUUGCUCUGCUGUAGUAUAUGCAGCAGCUUUCAAAAAUGAAUUGAAACCAACGACUACUUUAGUGUGUGAGCGCCUAGAAGAAGCGACUGAUUUCCUGACUGAUACGCGUCAUUUGUCUACGAGAAGCCUAAAUAUUGAUUGUUAUAACCAUAGUUUUGGUAGCAGUAUGGAAAACAUGCCUUUUUCUAAUACAGAUGCUUGCAAAAUCGAUCCCAACACUUAUACUUUACUGCAAUUGAAUCCACAAGAAAGCGCACUUGACAAUGAACAUCAAGAUAAAAGAAGUAAACUGAAGAAAAAACGAAUACGAUUUGAUAGUGCCGAAUUGUCCAAUCGAAAAUCUAGGCUAUUGUCAGAUGCUAUCGAUGGAUACGCGUAUCAACAAUCUAUGCAACGGGAUUUCGAGACAAUACUUAUCGAUCAUAAUAUAAAUGUUUCCGUUGAGCAGUACCCUCUAGCAUUAAAAAUGAUGUUCAACUAUGACAUACAAAGUAAUGCGAUGUCAAUUCUUAAAGCUAUGUACAAGGAAACAGUUCCAGCAAAAACAAGAAAUGUUAUAGAAACGGAGAAUUGGGAGAGACAACUACUAGACCAAACAAUAUUUCUUCCACCGCACCCGAAUGUUGUAGAAAUGUACGGAGUAUUUUGCGCUCAAGUUCCUGAGCUGCGUAUGUCGUCAUCACUAUAUCCUAUGGCACUCCCGCCUCGCAUCAAUCCACAGGGGUACGGGCGCAACAUGAGCUUGUUCCUGUUAAUGAAACGUUACAGCUGUAGCCUUCAAAAUUAUCUUAAUCAAACAAGCAAAAUUGACAUACGUACAAGGAUUCUCCUUUUCAGUCAGUUGUUAGAAGCUGUAGCUCACAUUAAUCGGUAUGAAGUAGCACAUCGAGAUAUGAAAAGUGACAAUAUUCUCAUCGAAGUACGACCUGAUAUGCCGCCAAUUCUGGUAUUGUCUGAUUUCGGGUGUUGCGUUGCAGACAAAACAAACGGUUUGCAGAUACCUUAUAAAUCGGGCGAUGUCGACAUAGGUGGAAACACCGCAUUGAUGGCACCGGAAAUUAUUAAUAAACAACCAGGGACGUUUUCUGUUUUAAAUUACAGCAAGUCGGAUCUUUGGGCAUGUGGAGCAAUUGCAUACGAGAUAUUUGGAUCCAGUAAUCCUUUUUAUGGAAGUAAGAAUAACCCCAACACAUUGAAAAAUACAAAUUAUAAAAAAAGUGAUCUUCCUCAACUAACGGAUGAAGUUCCAAUUUUAGUUCGGAAACUCGUCGAGAAUUUGCUUAGCAGAAAUGUGUCUGAGCGUUUAAGUCCAGACAUAGCAGCCAACGUAAUGCAACUUCUUCUGUGGUCUCCAUCAUCUUGGACAAAGAAUAAUUUUAGCCCGUCCAGCAACGAAAUAUUACAGUGGUUACUGAGCCUAACAACUAAGGUACUCUGUGAAGGUAGCAUACAAGUUGGAAACCAAACAAUGGGGCGUCGUACGUACACGGAGUACUUACUGAUAACAAGUUUUUUAGUACGUGCUAGAAUCCGAAGUAUCAAAAGAGCACUUGAUUGGAUUCAUAAUAUUGAUGUAUAACUAAGCUGUUAUUUAUUUUUAGUGAUUGGUACUUGUGUAUAUAAUAAUGGCCUAUUAAAUCAUAUGAAAAAAUAUUCCUAUGGAUACUUCGUUUAAAUACGAAAUAGAACGCUAAAAACAUUGCUUUUCGGCGCAGCUUUAAAUAGUAUAAUAUCUAUUACAACAUUGACGCAACCUUGAGACAGAUUGAAUGAUGCUGUCACGGUCCCAGGGCUAUAUGUGUCUUUUCUCAAUGGAGAAGGAUGCACACCAAUUGUGCCAUGGGUGAUGUCUGACAAGAAGAGGAAACAAUACACAGAAGAGGAACAAUAAACUGAAUAUGUUAAUUAUUCUGAAUAUGCCAAACUUGACAGACAUUGUCCAUGCUAGAACAAAUACUACGCUUUGAUCUAUGAAAGAGAAGUGCUAUACUAAUCAAA